GUGUUCUUUCUGACAUCUAGCCCCACUCCCAGCCCUCUUUUCUCUCCCUCCCUCCAGGACAAGAGGAGACGGUACAGCAUGCUGCACUCUCAGGGGUCCAGCAGCUCCGUCUUCUACCACUCCCAGGAUGAGGGGCCCAGCCCAGACAGCAGAAACUGUGCCAAGAGCGUGGGGUCACACUUCAACCUGAGGCAGCCCAAAGAUGCCCAGCCAUCCAUCGGAGACUCCACCACUAAUCCUGGUCUAGACUUUUCCCAGCGACGGCGGGCAUAUAGCACCAACCAGAUCACCAACCACAAGCCCUCCCCAAGGGCCCCCACAGCCAGCGACCCCACAGUGCCUGCCAGGAGAUACCGACUUCGGAAAGCCAAGCUUCAGGACCUCACCAACCAGACCAGCACAGAUGCCCCGUGGUGGCAGAUUGAUUUGCAGCCCUUGCUGAACAGUGGUCUGGACCUGAGCCAGGGCCCCAGACUCCACGGCCCAGGAGCCCGCAGGCCCUCUCUGCUGCCCCAAGGCUGCCAGCCCAGCCUGCCUUCCAGCCAGGAGACCCAGACCUGGAGCCCCAUGAAAGAGCCGGAUCUUGGGUCUAGCCUGAAGCCUGCCUCAGACAGCCGUAGCCCUGGGGACCUAGAGCCGUCCCAUCACCCUUCCAACUUCGAGACUGAGACGUCCUCGGACUGGGAGCCCCCGGCAGAGUCCGAGGAGCGGAUCAAUCCCGGCAGGCCCCCCACUCCAGGCCCGGUGCUGGGCAAGGCCGUGGUCAAGGGCUUGCGCGACAGCCAACGUUUGCAGUGGGAAGUGACCUUUGAGCUGGGGCCCCCCGGCCCGGAGCAGGGAGGGGCACACGACGCCGACCUGUGGAGCGAGACCUUCCAUCACCUGGCGGCCCGCGCCAUCAUCCGCGACUUCGAGCAGCUGGCGGAGCGCGAGGGCGAGAUCGAGCCAGGGUCCAGCCGCCGUUACCAGGUGAAUGCUGUGCAUGCCAGCAAGGCCUGCAACGUCAUCAGCAAGUAUACGGUCUUUGUGCCUGUGGACGUGAGCAGGAGCCGGUACCUGCCCACCGUGGUGGGGUACCCCAACUCUGGUGCUGCAUGGCGGAUGAUCAACUCUCAGGUCCUGACCCGACAGUGGAGGGGCGCUGCUGCUGGCUUCGGACGGUCUCAGACCCUGCUCGGGGAAGACUCGGCAGGAGACGGCAAAUUCCAGAACCUAAAUAUGGAGGAAAGCCCCACCGCGCCCUUCAGUGAGAUCACGUCCCCGGGCUGCGAGAAGUAUGUUGCUUCCGAAGGUCCCCUGCGCAGUCUGGCCACCAAUACCCUUUCUUCCUUCAAGACCUCAGACUCUCUCUUUGGAUCCAGGCUGAAUCUGAGCAAGUCCAGGCUGCUGACUCGAGCAGCCAAGGGCUUCCUGAGCAAGCCACUGACCAAGGCUCCAGAGUCAACCCCAGGGAGCCAGAGUUUCGACUAUAUCCCGCUGGUGUCUCUGCAGCUGGCCUCCGGAGCCUUCCUGCUCAACCAAGCCUUCUGCGAGGCCAUCCACAUCCCCAUGGAGAAGCUCAAGUGGACCUCACCCUUCACCUGCCACCGAGUGUCCCUCACCGCCCGCCAGCCUGAGUCUAAGACCCCAAGCCCCCAGCUGUGCCCCAGCCCCUCCGCGCAGCACCCCUCCUGUGAUGGCUUCUCCCCGGAGCCUCUGGGGGAGGCCAAGCCAGGCUGGGAGCCCAGGGCCGUGAUAGAACACACGGGGAAGCUGUGGGCCACGGUGGUAGCAUUGGCGUGGCUGGAGCACAGCUCGGCCUCCUACUUCGUUGAGUGGGAGCUGGUGGCCGCCAAAGCCAACUGGUGGCUGGAGCAGCAGGAGGUGCCCGAGGGCCGCACGCGGGGCACGCUCAAGGCGGCCGCCCGCCAGCUCUUCGUGCUGCUGCGGCACUGGGACGAGAACCUGGAGUUCAACAUGCUCUGCUAUAACCCGAAUUACGUGUAGUCGGGGCGGGAAGGGAGGAGAGGGAGGGGACCGUGCGGGCCUGGCGGGGGGAGCUUUUGCAGCUGUAGCCAAUAUAACGGUUGCUAGAAAGAGCCCUGGACUGGCAGUCAGGAGGCCUGAGUUCAAUCCCAACUUUGCUACCACCUAGCUGUGCGAUUGUAGGCCAGCCCCUACCCCCUCUCUGGGCCUCAGUUUCCCCACCUGUAAAAUAAGUGCGUGAGGUGAGGGAGUUGGACUAGAUCUCUAGACGCUCCCAAGGUUCCUCUCGGCCGGAUGCCCAGGCAGCCGUGGGGUGGGGAGAGAGAAAAUACAGUUUAAACCCCAGUUCUCUCUGGAAGAGGGUCCCGUGGGCAACGCCCCCCAAAAUAAAAGGGUGGAUGAGCGAACCCAAAAACUGUCAGUAACCAGACCCGCGAGUUCGCGUCUAGGCACGGGAGGCCACCUUGUCUCCACGGUGACAGUCCAGCACCCCGAAAUCCCACUUACAAACCCACUGGAGAACCAUCCUUCCCAACAUGUUACAAAGAGUCACUCAGGGGCCUUUUCCCUGGGCUUGGAAGCCCUUAGUAUAUUCUAGUUUGCAGACUCUCGGUGACCUCCAGUCUGAGAAGAGGAGGCGGGAGGCCAAGGGGAGACCCCCUGCCAGUGGAGGUGUGAAAACCAAGCUUCAGUCUGUGCAAAAAUAGUCCAAACAAAAUAGACAUGGUCACAGAAGCCGGUGGAGAAACCAGGCAACACCUUAAAUAAUUUGCACAGUUUUAGGAAUUGUACGAGGCGACCUCCGCUGGCGCUGAGGGGCACGCGAGCCCCCGCGUCGGCUCCAUUCUGGGGUCUCGGGGUCCCUCUCUGCAACAAAGAACCAGUGCUUGGCUGCAGUGCAUUUGGGGCCAGGAGCUUCAGCUGGGAGGGGGAUUUAUUCAAAGAAAUGAAGGACUCUUGAAUUGUCCAGCAGAGAGACCCUGGGCACUUCCCUCUCUCAAGCCCACAUGUACCCUGUGGUGACAGGCGCAGCCUCAGAUUCCCUGGGGGCUGGCGCCCAGUCGUCUCUGCCCUGAAGACUCCUCUGGAAGUCCAGCAGCCUGGGACUCCAGGCUGAACCCACACACCACCCUCUCCAGGCCUUAAUGUCUCUUCACCAAGUGGUCCCUUCGGGCCCCAGGGCCCUGGCACAAAGCCAGUCCCUCUCCAGGGAGAUCUGGAGGUCCCCACAGAGCAAACUGACCUGUGGAGGGGCUGUGGGCUCUGGCACACGUCCCAGCCUCACGAAGACUCGAGAAAUGCCUGGUCUUCAGCAGGUGCGGAGGGAGAGAGGGGCUCCAGCAGAAUGCCCUUCGGGCGUAGAGAAGAAGAUGUGGUAUCCUGCCCCCCACACGCCUGCCCUGGAUUUGGGGCCCUGCCCUGCCCGCCUGCUGUGCUGCAAAAUCCCCCAGGAGGGCCUCCCUCCCCUGGGGUCCUGCUGAGGCUCCGAAAACCUGGUGAUCCAUCCCCAAGGGAGGGGAAGGGGCUGGAGACCUCAUAUAAAGUCCUGUCUGCUGCUUGGCUGAGUGUUGUGCUUUAGAAUCACCCUCUGGGGAGGAACCCAGCCGGGCAGUCACCAGCACCGUGGCCACCACCACCCCAGGUGGCGCAUGGAUGACAGUCUGGGCCGUUGGCUUAAAAUCAGUGCCACUUAGCGGGAUAAGGGUUUUAGGCUCUCUUGCUCAA